UUUUUUUUUGUUUUGUUUUUCUUUUCUUAUCAUUUUAUUAUUGAUUCCUUUAUAUAAAAAAUGAAUUCUGUUCAUGAUUCUAAAGGUUGGCAAAAUCCUAUUUCCCAUCAAGCUCCACUCCAAACCCCACCCAUUGCAAUCGACUCAACAUCAUCUCCUAAGCCUUCUUCUCCUUCUCCUCCUCCUCAUGGAAAUCAUAGUGGAUAUUCUUCUAUGAAUCAUUAUCAUAAUCCAGAACAAAAACAAAAUACACAACAAUCAUACACAACUUCUUUAGAAUUAAACCCAACUAAUAGACUAAAUGGAAUGAUUGCUCAUUCUCAACCUGGCACUCCUCGUCCAGAAAAUAAUAACAAUUCUAUUCCUGAUUCGUCAACAGAAGAACAAUUAGGAUUGUAUCGUCAACCUACUACUUCCUUUGGUACUCGUAAUGUUGUUAGGGGAAGAGCAAGUAUAUUUUCAACUGAAUUAAGUCCUUAUUUCAGUUCUACAAAACCAUUUGAUAAUCUUUAUGCAGCAGACCAAACUACUUUAUUAACGGUUCGUAUACAAUCCAAGAUGGAUCGUGGUUUCUUUUUGGCUGAUAACGAUUGGACUUGUUAUAGACGUAAUUACUUUCAAGUGAGCAGUGUGUUUUCUAUUCAUGGUUUCAAUCAUUAUUAUUCACUUAAUGAGCCUCGUGUCUUUGUUAAAACAAUGGAAGACGGUCCAUUAGAGCCUGUACAGCGUUUCCUACUUGGUAUCUCUGCUCGAGUAGCAAAUAGUGAUAAAGAGAUUGAAAUCAUUCAACAUACUCCUAAGCGUGAUAAGGGGCCUCAAUUUAAACCUUCACCUAAACCUAUUAUACCUGGUGGUAACUUAUCAAUGAGUUCUGUUGCCAGUAAUCAAAAUAUUGUAUCCUUUGAACGACUUCAGUUCAAGACCGCAACCGCUAAUAAUGGUAAAAGAAGAGCUGCUCAACAAUAUUAUAUUUCUGUUGUCGACCUUUAUGCUGAAACAGAUAGAAAUCAAAUGGUCAGAAUUGCUUCUUGUCAAUCAGCUCCUCUUGUUGUCAGAGGUAGAAGUCCUGGUCAUUAUGCUGAUAAUCAAGCGCGUCGUUAUCCUACUACUACUACUACUACUAAUAAUAAUAAUAAUAAUAAUACGAAUACGACUACUUCGAGCCACCCUAUGACUCCUCAGCCUACUCCACCUAUUCAACAGGAGCAUUCUCGUCCUUUCAUGUUCCCCUCAUAUCCUAAACCUGAAACACCUCCAACUAUGUUACAUCAUGGAUAUGACCAACAACAUCAACAACCUUCUUAUUCUUAUUAUUCUUCUUAUACUCCUUAUCCUAGUAUUCAACCACCUCAACAUCAAUUAUCACCCAAUAUUUCAUCACCUAUUCCUCAUCCUGCUCUUCCUUCCCCUUAUGCUCAUCACUCUGCUGCUGCUGCUGCUGCCGCUGCUGCCGCUGCCGCUGCUGCAUAUGCUAUUCAUGAUACCACUACUACCACCAACACCACUACAACAGCAACCACCACAACCAACCAUCAUGAUCCUUAUGCAAAUGAAAUUUACCAUCCAAAUCCUACACCCGAUGAACCCAAAUUACAUCAUCCCUUUAUGCAACCUACAUCACUUGAGUCUCCUCAUUAUGAUUGGCAACGUGCUCGAUACAACAGCGCCUCCUCUGGGUCCUCUUCUGUUCCAUCACCUGGUGCUCAGUCUGGUGAACCUCAACACAAUUAUUUCUCUCACCCAGAUGCUCGUCCUUAUUCACCUACGACUCCUACUUCUUAUCCUCCUUCAAUGAUACAUUCAUCAAGAAAAUAUAGUGUCUUGAGUAAACAUCAUCCUCAUCCUCAUCAUCAACAACAACAGCAACAACUCUCAUAACUCUUCCUCUCUUCUCAUAUUUAUUAAUAAUAUCCACAUCCCCAAAGCUUUCUCUAUAUAUAAAUAUGUAUACACUAAUUAUGAAAUAAUCUAUUAUAUCUCUCAUAUAUAUACAUAAAAAAGAAAAAAAAAGAAAAAAAAAAGACAUACCAUUUUAAUAUUAUGUGUGUGUAUGUG